UUGCCCUCAAAACAGACGCUACUUUCCGGUACCAACCUCAAGCUCAGACGAUUAGUGCAAAGAUAACGAGAGCAGAAAAUUCAGUCUAAUAUGCAUCUACACAGACGAAGUGAAAGAGGCAGAGAAAAAGUGACAGAGGGAGUAACUGAUAAGGGAAGUCUCUCAGAGGCACAGAGUUAGCCACCUGUAAGCUUCAUACACACUGUUAUUCAGUGGCAGUGAAGUGAAGUGUGAGAGAGGUGGAGGAGCAGGUUAGUUGGUGUAACUUGGUAGAAUUCCUGAUGGCUUCAGGUCCUGGCAGCAGGGUGGAGGACCAUCCACCAGCGCUGCCUGUCAAACAGCACAGGAGUAAUUCCUUCAGACUCUCCAGUGAGGAGUCUGACUGUGUUAUGCUCAGCCCUGUUGGACUCCAGUAUCAAAACUACGCAUGCAACGAUGUGUUCCCUGAACCCACCGAUUGUCAUGCAGCCCAGUGCCCCAUACACCAGCGCUACGACUCCUCCCGACACCAAGUGAGAUUUUUCUCAGAUGGCACCCCGCCGCCUGUUCCAAAGAAGAGAUUAACUCGCACCCUCUCCCUCCCCGGCACCAAUGCAGCCCCACUCUUUCCUCUGUCUCCACUGCAAAGACAACCUCAAAACUUUGACAACCCACUGUACAUGCUGGCACCCAUAUCCAGCACCUAUUUCGAGGAGACAGAAGAGGUUAAACCAUUCAGAGGGAGUCUUGUCCCCUCACUAUCCUUCUCCCAGCUGUCCUUUGACACUCCCGAUGAACAUCUGCCCUACCUCUUCAGCAGCUUUGACGACCAGAGGGUUGUCUUCCAAGGGAUUCAGCAUCGCCAUCUACUCUUUCUGAGAAGUAUGGCACAGAGCGUGGAGGCUGAGAUCCUGCUGCAUGGAGGAGAGGCCACGGAGAGGGACGUCAGCUCAUACCAGCCUCAGGAUUUCCUGAUGAGUGAGGGCAGUGCGCCAAAACAGAUCGGAAACAUGGUUUACUACAGCCUGCACAGCCCCAAGCUCCCAGGGAGGGUGCUGGGUUUAAGGGUACACAAACAGACUGAUGAAGCCUCCUCGGGUCACACCACUCACCAGCCGUCGCAUGUAAAUGUGCAAGAUGCCAUUGCUCAUUUCCACCCGAGCCACACCCCGAGGACUGAUUCAAGCAUAUUACAAACUCAAGACCCCUCUUGUCCUUUCAAGUCAGACUGCAGUGCUGUUAAACCACCAGGCGGAGGCAGCACUGACUGGGCUCUUUCUUGUAUGAACAUUAAUCUGCCCUCAGUUGAGUCUUUCCUCCAGAGAGGGCACUCAGUGAGUGUUGAGAGAGACCUGCCAUACGCCACUCUAGACGACUUUGUUCAGGAAAGCCGCUCGCUGCAGAGCACAGAUAGUUUGGAUUAUGACAAACAGGUGUGUGUUCUGUUGCUGCAGAUAUUAACGGGCUCGCAACAUCUGUACAUCAGCGCCUCUGCAGCUGAGCUCAGACCUCGGGAGAUCUUCUUAGUGUGGCCCAAUAGAGAGAAGGAAGAGGGAGAUAACGAGAUAGAACAGGAUGCUUCUGAAAUGAAGUCCAGUAGACUGAAAGAAGAAAUGGAGUUGGAAAAGACAGAGAGGAAAGGAAAGAUCCAGACGUUAUGGAAGACACACGGUUCCCCUCGUGUAGUGUUAACCCCGGCAUCAUCUGCAUUUUCAGCACCUCACCCCCUCACCCACAUCAAAUCCCAUAUUGGAGCCCUAAUCCAAUACUGCCUCGACCCACGCGAGAAUCUGACAUCUCUGGGUCCGGUUCCGACUCAGUCCUCAUACCGAAGGGGGCUCCUUUAUCUAGCCUCUCUGCUCCAGAGUGAGAGCAGUGGGCCCCAGAUGGCAGACAUGGUGGCCACGCUUCAGGUUCUCCUCUGGGGGCCUCGCGCCCCACUCUUCAAUCACAGAGGGCCUAUGACCACAGCUGUACACAACUGGCUGACAAUCAAGCGAGCCCUGCUGGUGAUGAAGUUGGCAGAGAGAGGGCUGAUCCAAGAUCAGUCUGCUCUGGAUUGGGAGGACUGUAUGUGCCUGCAGUACUUGUCAUUUACUGAUCCUGAGACAGUUGUGAGCGUGACCAGUCAGCUAUGGUUCUCUCUGAAUGUGGACUAACAUUAUGUGAAGGUCUCAUCUUCAAAUGACGUUCCUUAAUGACUCUUAGGUAGUUACAAUCUUACAUAUUAAGCUGUAAACAGUCGGUCUGCAUUAUGUACAAUGGUCAGAAAUACACUAAGAAUGUGUAUGCUGUCUCCAUCCCUCCAUGUUUUAACAGUUAGGAUGUGGCCGUUUACUGAUGCAUACUGCUCUUUUCCAUGUAAAAUAAAUCUAAUGAAAUGCUGCAUUCAUAAUAAGCAAUGGGAUCUUACACAAAUAAACUAUUUUCUGCCAAA